AUGAGUGAAAGAAGAAGCCUGGACAGACUCCUCCUGCCCAGGAUGCGAACAGAACCAGAAGGUGUGAAACUGUUGGUUCCCGAAUCUAGCGCCCCUCUGCCACGUUGGCAGACACUGCCACUGGAUGCCAAAUUUCCCGUCAUCCCCGCUGCUAAAGAUGAAAUGACAUUUGUAACAACCAAAAUAUGCCAACCGGCCUACAGAUCUACCCAACAUGAAACCUUUGAUCUUUCUGACCCCUACAAUCGAACUAUGCAGACUGAGUACACAGCGUUGCGUGAUCCAUAUCUGAAGGACUUUUUGGCAAAACCACACAUCAGAAAACAGCUGUUGGAACAGAAUCUUGUGACUCCAAGUGGGAAGGUACCUUGCACUGUUCGAGAUUUCAAUAAUUACCGGAACUUUCUGAGACGCCAAGCUCUCAUUAAGAAUAAGGAGCCGGAGACUCUUACCAGGGCAACGGAGAACAGAAACCUGAUAUUGCGGCAGACCAAAAUGAAGGCAGAACUUGUUAGUGUAGAGGUGAAAUGUAAAAGCUUGAAAGCGCAGCAGAUGUUGAAGGAGGCAGAGGAGGAAAAACAGCAACAGUUCUGGAGAAAACAAGCUGUUGAAGCUGAGAAAGAGCAAAAGCGACUCGAGGAGGAGAGGAAAGCUCACAAUGAGCUGGUAAAGAAAAGAAGAGAACGGUGGAUGGAGAAGCAGAGGGAGAUCAGAGAGAAGGAAGAAAUAGCUCGAAAGGAACAUGAUCAAAAAGUACUUCAGAUUGAACUCGAAGCCCAAGAAAAGCUGAACAAGGUGGAUGCUAUGAGACAGUACAAGCAACAGUUAAUGGAAACAAGACGAAGACAACAGUGGCACCAAAAACGCCAGUAUCAGAUGCAGGUUCUAGAGGAAGCUAUGAUGCAGCAGAAAAGAGUAGAAAUUGAAAUCGAAAUGAGAAGGCGACAGUAUGAAGACAAGAUGACAA